CACUGCAGUAUGUGACAUUAGGACUGGACAAUAUGACCAACACUGUUAUCCCACUGUUUUUUUAUAUUGAUCAAUAUACAUUAGUAUGAUAUUCGUUUUCAAUAAUCAGAUCAUUUAAGGUUUUAGGAGUAUUUAGCUUAGGGAAAGAACAGUGAACGUUUCACAUCCCACUGACACAUGGACGUCCUGAAGGAUGUUUCGACUGUCAACAGGGAUCUCUUUAGUUUGCUGGAACUAAUGAUUGAAAUGAGAUAACAUUAAGAGAAAUGGCAGGCCAGCUGCCACCAGCUUUGCCCAUGUUUACUGGUUUAUUACAGGACUCUCAUUCAUCCUCCCGCCUGCUGUGUCUACCCCACCAGAAUACACAAUCGAAGCCCUUCUCUUGCAUGAAUGGACCUCUGUCAGGUUGACCGCUAGCUGGGCUUCCUUUUCAGGCCCGAUUCCAUUUCAGAUCCAAGCAAAUGUGCCCGCAGAACCGACAGCAGAAGCAACUUUUCAAAAGUAUUAUGAAGUCAUGUUAUCAGACUAGACGGCAGACUGACAUGUGACUGAGAUCAUCUGGGGUUAAAAAGACGAUCUGCAGGAGGCGUUUGACAUGUCGAACGGUUACGAAGAGCACAUGGGAGGGGACGAGGGGAAGGACUCCAAGACCAACCUGAUCGUGAACUACCUGCCUCAGAGCAUGUCGCAGGACGAGCUGCGGAGCCUCUUCAGCAGCAUCGGAGAGGUGGAGUCCGCCAAGCUGAUUCGAGACAAAGUCGCAGGCCACAGUUUAGGGUACGGAUUUGUUAACUAUCUUAACCCUAGUGAUGCAGACAGAGCUAUCAGUACACUGAACGGACUAAGGCUACAGUCCAAAACUAUCAAGGUUUCAUACGCACGGCCCAGCUCUGACACCAUAAAGGAUGCCAACCUGUACAUCAGCGGCCUGCCGAAGGCCAUGACCCAGAAGGACGUGGAGGACAUGUUUUCACGCUUUGGACACAUCAUUAACUCCCGUGUGCUUGUGGACCAGGCCACAGGCACGACAGGCGCUUCCCGCGGGGUGGCUUUCAUCCGGUUUGACAAGCGGGCGGAGGCAGAGGAAGCUGUCAAAACUCUGAAUGGGCAAAAACCACCCGGAGCCGCUGAGCCAAUCACAGUGAAGUUUGCCGCCAACCCGAACCAGGUGAAGAACACGCAGAUCAUCUCUCAGCUCUACCACAACCAGUCCCGGCGCUUCGGAGGGCCCGUGCACCACCAGGCGCAGCGCUUCAGGUUUUCUCCCAUGGGCGUUGAUCACAUGAGCGGCGUGGGGAACGUCAAUGUGCCCGGGAACUCCAACUCCGGAUGGUGCAUCUUCAUCUACAACCUGGGCCAGGACGCCGACGAGAGCAUCCUCUGGCAGAUGUUCGGCCCGUUCGGCGCCGUCACCAACGUCAAGGUGAUCCGAGACUUCAACACCAACAAGUGCAAGGGCUUCGGCUUCGUCACCAUGUCCAACUACGAGGAGGCGGCCAUGGCCAUCGCCAGCCUGAACGGCUACCGGCUCGGAGACAAGAUGCUGCAAGUGUCCUUUAAGACCAGCAAGGGCCACAAGUAAAGAGAGCGGGACAAUCGGGUGUAGAGGAGGGAUGGAGGAGACCUGCAGAGAGCAGAAGUACGCAUUUUCAAAGUCUGGCACAUCUGUUUGGUUUUUAGUGUAUUCAGAGAUGUUCACUCUUCUGCACCUUUGUACUUGUCUAAAAGAGUGUUGAGGCUUUUUGUUUCUCAUCGUUUUAUACUCAUGCUAGAGGCUUGAGAGACACUCAGUAGUUUUAAUGUUUAGUGGGGGGGUGGAGAGGGUCAAAUCCCAUGAUUCCCCCGGAUAACUUUUUGAAAAUUAUCUAAAAAUACUGUCCGUAUCUGUUGCAUGUUUAACUGUGGGGACUAGAUAAAGGAGGCCGGCUAAUGGUUCUGAGCACUGCACAAAAAAAUAAGGAAGGUCGCACAAAUUGUUCUCAAAGUGUUGACAUGUUUGUGGAUUGAAAAAAAGAAAAUGCGACGGACAUUUUCUUGCCAGGGGUUGUUUUGGAAAAGCAGUGCUGUGUUCUGGAUCCUCGUCAUAAGUAGAGCUCGAAGCCUUAAACGAUCAUCCAGUGGAGACUCAGACCGACAGCACUGCUCACUGUCUCGAGUCAAUCUAAGAGCAAAGCACUUUUAACUUAUCUGCUUUCGGUUACUUUGAAUAUCAGUCCUUUUGAUGUUAAUCCAGGACUCUCGCUCAUCCUCCAACCAUUUGAAAACACGACUAACUCUGUAGGGAAAUGUCUCUGUUUUUGUUAUCCCCGUGUAAAGUGUCUUUUUAAUAUAAGUUGCAUUUCAGGAGAAACCUGUUGAAUAUGAACCCGAGUCGAUGAGUAUGAGAAUAAGAUGGACCAAAGGCAGGGAGAGAUUUGAUCCUUUUACUGCAGACACACCAGUUUAAGGUAGAUUUAUACCUUAUGUCGAUGUUUGUUUGGAAAAGGUACUAUGGUAUAUCUGACAGAGCAACAUCACUUUGUCUCUAUGCCGUUUUGUUUUUUUAUUUUUAUUCUAAAGGCAAAGUUUUCUUAUCUGUGAGCAACUUGUUUUAGCCAGUGCUCAUCUCAAGUUUGAAGAAAAAUGAAUGGCCUUUUGUUAAUUAUCUCAUUUUUUUUAUUUGCUUUCUUUUUCUUCCUUUCUUUAGUUUUGGUAGUUUCACUUUGAACAUAAACCAUUAAAUUUUAUUUCUUUUUGCCGAAAGUUUGGUUUGGUUUGUUUUCUUUUUUUAAUUAACCUUUUUUUUUUUAAAUAUUUGGUUUGAAUUUUGUUUCUAUUAUUUUUCUCGUACCAAAUCUGCAGUGUUUGAUAAAAGCUGUUACAGAAAGUGUUUCCUCUGGAGGCUUUGACACCUCCGAGACGGCCUAAAAAAACAUGGACCAAUGUAAGUUGCUAAAAGAUAUGAUGUUACCUGUACACAGACACUUGAAGGAAAGUCCUAAAGACAUUUCAUGAAGCAACUUUGAUACAAAUUGCCGUUUAAACCACUGAAUAAUAACACAAUCUGUAACUAAGCUGUCCUUUUGCAUUUCAGUGAGUUCUACAAGUCAAUGGGGAAAUGUACAUUAAGAUACAUUUGAUUGGUUAGCUUGAGGAAUAGAUAUCGAACGAUGCACAACAGAACUAGUUUCACUUUCAAUCGUCCAGUAUGUGUAGUGUGCAUUAGAAACACUUAUAUCAUCCAUUUAGGUAAGGUCAUCUGCAUAUCAAAGCUCCUCUUUAAAUAAUGUAGAUCUUGGCUUUUAGCUUGUCUUGUUCUUUAAGGAUGUUCAACCGUUUCCAUUGGUACUGUAAUUGUGUUUGAUUUCACCCCAAGGUGAACAUUAGAGCCACUUGGUGACGGUUACAAUACACUAAAUCAUUUGACCUGCUCACACAUUUUAGCAGUCACCUUGAAACCGUUUUCAUUAAUAAUUCCCCUGACACUUAAUGUGUGCACAAUCUGAAGAGUAUUCCCAUAACAAGCUUCAGAUUUCACUCUUAAAGGUGCUUUUUUUUUUUUUUCAAUGUCAUGUUAUUUUUGUGUCACAAUCCUUAACUUUGUGCAAUAUUUCGUGACUUGCUCAAAGCACUUAAUAGAAAGUUGAUGUCGUCGUUUUUUUAUAAUUUCUUUUUUUCUACUGUUUGUUACUGCUUAGUUUUUUCAGCAGUUUUAGUUGGAAUUGCAUAAUUCAUGCAAGUACAUUUGUUGUAGGGGCAGUCUGAAUAAACUGCGAUCCGCCUUAAUUUAUAAGUGGGAAUGGUGUGUUUUACACCAGAGGAGGCGCACAUAUUUAUUUGACAACGUAUGUGGUCAUACUUGUUACUUAUUCAACUGUUUGACUGGAUUUGUUUGUUUUCUUGGUUUUAAGGGCACUAAGUUGAAGUCCAUUUAAUGUCUUCUAACAUUGGAUCAUUUCAAUAAAAACAUGGUGGCUUUUCAGAAUUGAAAAAAAAGUCUGUCUAGAACCUUA